AUUUUGACGACACAAACACCGACGACAACCAUCUCCCUCCAUCAUCACCGACGACCAGUUCUCGACACGACAAAAUCGACGAGAUGUCUUCCAGCACCAACCACAGAUUAUACGUCAAGGGCAAGCACUUGUCCUAUCAGCGUGGCAAGCGCAACACCAACCCCAAUGUCUCCCUGGUGAAGAUUGAGGGCGUCGAGGACACCAAUGCCGCCAAGUUCUACCUAGGAAAGCGCAUCGCCUUCGUCUACCGAGCCUCGAAAGAACGACAAGGUAGCAAGAUCCGAGUGAUCUGGGGCAAGGUCACCCGCCCUCACGGCAACAACGGUCUCGUCCGAGCCAAGUUCCGACACAACCUCCCUCCCAAGAGCUUCGGUGCUUCCGUCAGAAUCAUGCUCUACCCCAGCUCGAUAUAAAUCGUCCGUCCUCUCUCGUCGACUUCUGGAAACGAAAUAGGUGCAAAAGAUGAUGGAGAAAAGAAGGGCCAUAACCUUAGCUUCUCGAUCGCGGUAGAUGCAAGGUAGAGCGAUCAGAUUUUGACCGCCUCGUGUCCAUCCCCGAGACACAAUGUCAAUGUCCGGAGAACCAUAGAUGGCUAAAUUGACCAGCAAAAUGCCAUUUGCACGUCAAGAGGUAUUUACAGAGGUCACUGCUCGAAAACACGAGCACACGCGCACACGGUUACUAUGUGCUUGAAUGAAAAAGACAAAAUUUCUCAUCA